GCAGUAAACCGAACACCGUCAUACAGCAAAGAUCUUUUGCUCACUUUUCCUCACUUUUGCUAACACACCACGCAAGUACUCAGCAACUCAACCAAACUCAACUACUAUUCCUUGUAUUCUCGUGUCUUGUCCAGAUAUUAUUUUUAAAAAUAAAAUAAUAAUACAAAUUCAAGUUACACUAACCAAUCAACGUUUUAUCAACGAAUUAACUUAAAUAACAAAAAAAUAUUUUAUUUAUUAAAUAAAAUAUAAUCAUUUACUGUGAUCAAGUUGAUCAGAAAGUAAGUUAAUUUAACGUGGUGGCGAUCAUUGUGAUUCGAGAAGGAGAAAAAUAAAAAAAAACGAGCUGUUACUAUGGCUGCUAUGUCCGUCAUCGGAAUAGAUUUUGGUAACGAUAGCUGUUAUGUUGCCGUUGCCAGAGCCGGUGGUAUUGAAACAAUAGCUAAUGAUUACAGCUUAAGAGGCACACCAUCAUGCGUGGCAUUUAGCGAGAAAAAUCGUAUCCUUGGUGUUGCGGCCAAGAAUCAGAUGGUGACUAAUAUGAAAAACACAAUUUAUGGAUUCAAGAGACUGUUAGGAAGAAAGUACAAUGAUCCUCAAGUUCAACAAGAACUAAAAAAUCUUAAUUAUUAUACUUCUGAACAACCUGACGGAGGGAUUGGUAUUCAUGUACAAUAUUUGAGAGAAGAACAUGUUUUUACACCAGAGCAGAUAACUGCAAUGUUGUUUACUAAAUUAAAAGAAAUAUCUGAACAUGCUCUCCAAACAGCCGUAAAUGAUUGUGUCAUCUCAGUCCCUUCGUAUUUCACUCAAUCCGAACGUCAUGCUCUUCUGGAUGCUGCACGCAUUGCUGGACUAAAUGUGCUCCGUUUGUUUAAUGAAACAACAGCAACUGCACUCUGCUACGGUAUUUACAAGCAAGAUUUACCUGCACCGGAUGCUCCACCACGAAACGUUGUUUUUGUUGAUUGCGGUUACGCAAGUCUCCAAGUUAGCGUUUGUGCAUUUAACAAAGGAAAACUUAAGAUGUUGGCUUGCUGCUCAGACAGCAAUUGCGGGGGAAGAGAUAUUGAUCGUAUUCUUGCGAAUCAUUUCUGUAAAGAUUUUCAAGCUCGUUACAACAUUGAUCCGUUGAAUAACCCUAAGGCCUAUAUUAGAUUGCUCGCUGAAGUUGAGAAAUUGAAAAAACAAAUGUCAGCAAAUUCAACCAAGCUUCCAAUUAAUAUUGAAUGUUUUAUGGAUGAAAAAGAUGUUCAUGGUGACAUGAAACGUGAAGACAUGGAGACUAUUUGUCAUCAUCUUUUCAAACGUGUUGAGGCAGUAUUAAAAAAGUGCCUUCACGAUUCUGGAUUGAAAUCUGAAGAUAUUAAUUCUGUGGAAAUUGCCGGUGGGUCUAGUAGAAUUCCAGCUCUAAAACGAUUGGUAGAGGAAGUAUUUGGCAAAUCAGCAUCAACAACAUUAAAUCAAGAUGAAGCAGUAGCACGUGGAUGUGCACUUCAAUGCGCUAUAUUAAGUCCAGCUGUACGUGUUAGAGACUUUUCCGUUACUGAUAUUCAGCCGUACCCAAUUAAAUUGUCAUGGGAUCCAGUAGAAGGUGAACAAGGAGAGGUUGAAAUAUUCUCUUACAAUCAUCAAUUCCCAUUCUCAAAGUAUUUGACUCUUAAACGUGAUCGUCCAUUUACUUUAACUGCCAAUUACGCAACACCAAUUUCUACAUAUCCAGAUACUCAUAUAGGAGUAUUCCACAUAAAAAAUGUGAAACCCACCCCCGAAGGUGAGCCUUCAAAAGUUAAAAUAAAGGUUCGAUUAAAUUUGAACGGUAUACUGACAAUUGCAUCAGCAUCAAUGACCGAGAAACGGGAAUUGACUCAAGAAGAGAAAGAAGAAGAAGAGAAACAGCAACAACAGCAGCAGCAGCAAGCUACAAUGGAGACAGAUCCAACAGCGCAACAGCAAGACAAACCUGAUCAAGAAGCUCAGGCUAAUGAACCACCAGCACCAGAGGUUAGCGCGGAAAAGGGACGGCAAGACUCAGAUGCUGAUGAUGAUGGGAGAAAUACAAAGUCUGCACCGUCCUAUUCCUCGAGGAUACGCUCUUGGUUCAGCUCGGGCGAUGAUAAGGGUGAAGAUAAAAGUAAAAAGAAAUUACCAGUACGUGCAAUAGAUCUUCCUAUUGAAAUUAAUGCCGGAGGACUGUCGCAGAGCGAAUUAGAUGCUGCUAUGGAAAAAGAGGGUAAGAUGGUUGCUGAAGACAGACAAGAGAAAGAAAGAAUCGAUGCUAAAAAUGCUCUAGAGGAAUACGUGUACGAUUUGAGAGGUAAAAUUUCUGAUGAAGAUCAAUUGGGACCAUACGUUACUGAGAAUGAACGAGAAGCGUUUAGCCGAGUUCUCGAUCAAGUUGAAGACUGGCUGUACGGAGAUGGAGAAGAAUGUAAUAGACAAGUUUAUGUUGAUAAAUUAACUUCAUUAAAGGCACAAGGAGAACCCAUAAAAGAAAGAAGACAAGAAUACGAAGGGAGAAAAUUAGCUGUCAAUGAUUUAGCUGGUGCUUUACAAAUUGCAAAAAAGACUUAUGAAAAUAUAAAAGCAUCGUUAGGUAAAGAUGACAAAUAUUCACAUUUGACAGAAGAUGAGCUCAAACAAGCUGCAAAAACGAUACAAGACAAAUGGACAUGGUUAGAAGAAGCACGUAUCAUUAUGGCUGGUACGCCACUUACGCAAGUGUGCAGUAUAACUGUAGCACAAAUUCGUAGUGAGAAACAGGCGUUAGACAAUGUCGUUCAAUCAAUUCUUAACAAACCAAAGCCUAAAGUAGAACCACCGAAAAAUGAUAAAUCAAAGGACAAAACAGCUGAUGAACAUAAAAAUCAUCAAAAUGCCCAAGGUGACGGUCCUAACCAGAAUAAUCAACAACCCACGAAAGACGAAAAAAUGGAUGUCGAGUAACAAUUAUAAUUUCCUGCAUUUAUUUAUAUAUAUUUACAUAUAUAAACAUAAGAUCACUCAAAAAAAAAUCAUCUAACAUUAAUUGAUUGAAUGGAUACUAAUUAUGACGAGUACUUAAAAAGUUAUCAAGUAAUUUAUUCUCGUCACUACACACAAGCGUUUGAGCCUCACGAUUAACAUUUAACGACCACACUUUUUACUACAUUACAUAAUUUAUAUAAAACCAUUUACAAUAGUGAUAAACAUAUUUUUUUUUUUUUUUUUAUUUUUUUUCGCCACUCUAACAUUCGAUAACUAAAAACUUUUUCUACUACCUCACUCGAGUGUUAUCGAUUUUGAAACAUUUAGAAAAAAUGAAAUAGUUGAAAAAUU